UCCAGCACGAGCCGCUCGAUGCUCAUCUCGGACGCGCUGCGCAAGUACAAGAUCAUCGUCGGCUACCUCGUGUUCGUCGCCAUGCUCAUCGGCGUCUUCGUCGCCAAGGACCGGCUGCUGCAGUGCGGCCUCGCAGUCGGCGGCAUCGUGGUGCUCUGGACGCUCGAGCCCAUCCCCUAUCACGUGGCCUCGUUCGUGCCCCUGGUGGUGUUCCCGCUCUCCAACCUAAUCCCGGCCAAGGACGUCGCCAUGAGAUACAUGAACGACGACAUCAUCCGGGCGCUGUCGGGCCUGUUCAUCUCCAUCCUGCUGCAGACGUCCAAGCUGAACCGGCGCAUGGCACUGUACCUGCUGCUCGCGGUGGGCACCAGCGUGCGAUGGCUCCUGCUGGUGUACAUGUGGCUCGUGUUCCUGUUCGCCAUGUUCGUGACCGACGCCGCGGUGACGGCCAUCAUGAUCUCGCUCGUGGACACCCUGGUGGCCGAGGUGUACGCCAGCAAGGUGCGCGUGCGCGUCGUCAAGCUCAACAAGGCCAACGAGGAGGCCCGGCUCAAGCAGCAGCAGGCCGCGGCCGCAGUUGCCGGCGGAGCCGAACAGGAGGCCCGCGCAGCACUCGACGGGCAGGACAUCGCGCCCUACGCCGACUACGAUCACGUGCUGCACGAAGAGCAGACGCACUGCGCCAUCCUCCGCAAGGCGUUCAUGCUGGCCCUGAGCUACGCCGCGGUCAGCGGAACGGCCGUUCUGCUGGCGAACCGACCUUGCUUCAUCCUCGAGGCCCUACUGUUGGACCAGUACAACUACGGGAUCAGCCAGACCAAGUGGGUGGCCGUGAAUGCAGCCUUCGGACUGGUCACUCUGGUCUUCGGCUGGCUGUUCGUCUUCUACACUUUCCUCCGGAAGUACGAUGAAGACGGUGCCGAGGACUCCACCGCAGCCAAGGAAGUUUGCCGCAGCAAGCUCGAACAACUCGGAGAGAUGACGCUGAACGAGAUGACCGUGACGGGCCUCUUCUUCCUGUGCCUGGCUCUGUGGGUGACCAGACAACCACACAUCGUCUACGGCUGGCAGGACCACCUCGGUCUUCGGCUGGUGAGCGAGUCGACGGUGGGCUUCUUCGUGGUGAUCCUGGCGUUCCUGCUGCCCUCAGACUUCCACAAUUUUGAGCUGAAGAACCGCAUCCUCAAGUGGAACGACGUCUACCACAAGAUGCCCUGGGGCGUCAUCUUCGUCAUGUCCGGAAACAUCGCCAUCUCGUACGCGCUAGGGGAGUGCGGCGUGUUCAGGGCCCUGAUGGACUGGUCGCGGCAGCUGUCGGCCAACGCGGUCUGGGUCGAGCUGUUCUUCCUCUUCCUGACGGCGACCGCCUCCGAGGUGACCACCGUCAAGGACAGGCUGCCCGAGUUCUACUACAUCGCGGGCAACGUGAGUCAGCUGACGGACAUGCACCCGCUGAGGCUCAUGCUCCCGGUGUCGGCGGCGUCCGAGUUCAACUACAUGAUGCCGUCGUCGGGCGCGCGGAACGCCAUCAUCUUCGAAAUCUCCUACAUCUCCGCGCUAGAGAUGAUUCUGCCGGGUCUGCUGAUGAAGAUCGUCUCUUGCUUCCUCUACCUGGGCAUCCUCAACUCGGUCGGCGACAUCAUGAUGGGCGACGAGGUGCUCGCCGUUGUCAACACCACCAUCGCAGCCACGCUGGCGUCCACCUCCUCGGCCAGUGGGUCCGUUUCCGCCAGGAACUUGCUGUUCGACAAUAAACUGUGAAAGGGAGAGCAAAAGGGAAAAAAAAGA